AACAUCAGGAAGAAGAUCAACAACAUGGCGGCUCAGUGAGCGGAGACAGCGAGCACUGAGCACACAUCUGGCCGGUCUGGGAGCGUCUGUCCGCGGGAGACAGCCCGCUCUGACCGCCCACACAUGACGGAGGCAGGCCGGGGACAGACCGCGGGAGACGGCCGGGGACAGGCCGCGGGAGACGGCCGGGGACAGGCUGCGGGAGACGGCCGGGGACAAACUACGGGAGGGGGACACACUGCGGGAGACGGCCGGAGACAGGCUGCAGGAGGAGGACAGACUGCAGGAGACAGAUGGAAGAGACACAUCGUCCGACAGCUGAAGCACAGAGACCUGAACCAGCACGACAUGUUCCAGGACCUGAUCUGCUUCUACACUCGGCUGUUGCAGAAGACGUGUCUGACUAAAGGAAUCCUGAGCUGCUCCAUCAGGCAGCCCUCUGGUGACAGCAGCGUCUCGUCUCUGCUGUUGCAGAACAACCAGCUGAAGAAGACCACCGGAGAGCUGGCCUUUCAGGUGGUCGAACUGCAGCAACAAAUACAGACCAGAGAAGAAGAACUGAAGGACCAACAAGCCAGGCUCGGGGAGGAGGAGCGUCGGCUGGCGGGUGCAUUUGAUGCCCACCAGGAGCUGCAGGGGCGGGUGGAGCGGCUCCAGGAGGAGAACCGGGUGAUGAAGGUGGAGUACGACGCUCUGCUGGAGCGACAGAGACGAGCCGAGACGAGUCUGAGAGACGAGAAGCUGAGAGAAGGACACCUGCUGGAGGACGUGAUCCACCUGAAGCAGCAGGCCGCUGCACGCAUGAACAGCCGCAACGAGAGGCGCUCCAGAGCUCGAGAAGCAAAUCUGAGGAAAGAACUACAGACAGCAGCAAGGUCAAAGGUCAUCAUAGACAGCUCCUCCAGUGCUCCGUCCUCCAGAUCCACGUCUCCAAAGACCUCGUCCACAGAGCGAGGACACGCUCGUCUCUUCAGGUCAGCGUCCGCCACGUCUCCCAGGAUUCUCAAGUCCAUCAAAGACCUGUUUGAGAAGAGGCGGGGUCAUUCUGUCUGCAGUUUGGAGGAGGAUCAGUUUUGUCCCGUAGGAAUCUGUCUGUCAGCCAGAGUUCCUGUUAGAGCUCUGCAAGUCCUGGAAGCUCAUGAGCAAGGCAUCAACGCGGUGCGGUUCAGCUGCAGCUCGGACCUGCUGGCCACCGGAGGAACUGACCGGGUCAUCAAGCUGUGGGAGGUCCGCGCAGGCUCGCUGACCCACAGAGCGACUCUGGACGGCAGCACGGAGGGAAUCACCUGCAUCGAGUUCGACCCGAAGGGUCUGAGGAUUCUCGCGGCGUCAUACGAUAAAUCGGCAUUGUUGUGGCGUUUGGACGACUCUGUUCCCAAGCUGACUCUGACAGGUCACAGCAGGAAGGUGACAGCAGCGAGGUUCAGUGGUCUUCAUCAGGUGGUGACCGGCAGCGCCGACAGAACCAUCAGACUGUGGGACCUGCAGAGAGCUGCCUGUGUGCAGGUAGUUGAAGUGGCGUCAUACUGCAGCGAUCUGGUCUGCUCUGAAAACAGCAUCAUCAGCGGACACUAUGACUCCAAGAUCAGAGUCUGGGACACCAGGACGGUCAGCUGUAUCCAGGAGCUUCCCGCUCAGGGUCGAGUGACGUCAUUGGACAUCAGCUCCGACCAUCGCCAGCUGCUCAGCUGUUGCCGUGACGACUGCCUCCAGCUGGUCGACCUGAGGAGGUGGAGCAACGACCGCAUGUGCUUCAGAGCGGACGGCUUUAAAUGUGGCAGCGACAGCACCAAAGCUGUGAUCAGUCCAGACGGAUGCUUCCUGGCAGCAGGAUCAGCUGAUGGCGUCGUCUACAUCUGGAACGUCACCAACGGCAACCUGGAGACCCGCCUACCAGACAAGCACAGCUCAUCCAUCAGCGCUGUGUCCUGGUCGCUCUCCGGCCAAUACGUCGUCAGUGUGGACAAAAGUAGGCGGGCUGUUCUCUGGAGUGACAUCUGAAACGGCCAAUCCACGAGGAGUUCACGUUGUCAUGGCAACAGCUGUCAACGGGAACAUUUAAAUUUUUAUAGAAGUUUGAUAAAAGGGAUUAAAAAACAUUUAUUUUUAACAUAACGGGAAAAUGAAGAGAUUAACAAGUUUUUACAACUUUAAACUUCUUUAUUAUAUUAUUAUGAUAAAAACUUUAAAUUCAUUCCUGUUUACAUUUCCUGCUGCAGCUCAUUGGUUCUUAUUAUUUAUUUUGAUUUCUUUCAUUGUGACCUUUUAUUAAUUUAAUGAGGGAAUAUUUUAAUGUUUUAAAAUAUGUAGAAACAUUAUUGAGCUCAAAGUUCAUCAUCAUGAGUCAGUUUGUAAAUA